CAGGGGGAUUGCUCAGCAGAGGUGAUGGACAUACAAGGACCAAUUUGUGAAGAGGUAUUGGAGGUAGAGUCUGAACCUAUGGAGGUGGUUCACGAACAUGAGCCAGCUCCUGAGGUUGUGUGCCGGUUACAACAGCCUGUCUUGGAAGUGAUGCAGGACCCUGUCCCUGAAGUUGUGCCACUUAUGGAGGCCUCUAGUCAUGCGGUGCAAGAGCCCAUCUCAGAGUUAACACUUCACGGUCCAGAGCCUGCCUUUACUGUGGUGAGCUCCGAGCUUGAUGUGGUUAUGCAUUUGCCAGAAAAAAAUCACAUAGAAUGCAUCGUCCCUGGAUCAGUAACACAUCUGUCAGAUUCUGUCCUUGAGAUUAGAGAUAGUGAUGCCGUUGCCAAGACAGUAGAGACAGUAUUCAAUUCACUCCAUGAACCUAGCAGAGAAAGCCUUGAUCUUUCUGAGGCUGAGAUGGAGUGUGUGCCUGAACCAUUACAUAACACAAUACAGCAUGAUCUGAACACAGUCUCUGGAGAGGAAAAAAUGCUUGCUUUAGGUGUUGCUGAAAUAAACCAAGAUGCGCAUCCUGUAGCUGAGCAAUGUACUGAACUUGGGGUGGAAGUAAAGCUUUUCUUACAACCAGUCUUAAAGACGUUCGAGGAAGGGCCAAAUACCAAGGACUUAAGUAGUGGUUUUCCUUUAGUAUCUCAUGAAACGGAGUUGAGAACACAGGAGACCUCCCUGCAUGUAAAUUCUCUUUUGGAACCUGGGAACAUUCAAACGCCCGAUAAAGUGGCUCUUGUGGAAACAGAGACUCGGGCAGACGGUGCUGUCACCACGGAACUCAAAACUUUGGAAAAAGAGCUGGACUCCAACUGCAUUCAUUUUGAUACUGAGCCUAGCAUAGAACACGAUUCUGAAUGCACAGAAAUGGCAUCCAUUGCCGGUGAUGUUGAACGUGAUCCGUUUUAUAGGGACGCUGACAAAGAACAUAAAUGUGUAGAUUUAACGGAUCUUAACACGGUCUCUGAUCCCGAAAUAGGCCAGCAGCAGGUAUCCGGGAUUGCUUCUGAUGCUGCACAGAUAAAUGACUGUAGUGACUGGUGUCUGGAGGAGCCCACGCCUUCCCCAAUUGAUCCUGGCAUGGAGGCAUGUUCAGACAAUCAUGAUCAAUGCAAAAGUCCUCUUGCUGUACAGGAGCAAAUUGUUGCUGAUGGUGGCAUUCAUGAUCUCUCACCUGGUUCAGAAGUUCAGGUUACGCUUGACCACAUCAUUCAGGAUGCGUUGGUUGUUUCCUUCCGCCACGGAGACAGAAUCUUCUCAGGGGUUCUAAUGGAUCUGUCUAAAAGGUUUGGACCUCAUGGAAUCCCUGUAACAGUUCAUCCUAAACGUGAAUACAAAAACAAACCAGAGGAACCUAUCCAGGUAGAAAGCACAUCAUUCCAGGAAGACCCGCAAAAAGAAAUGAAUCAAAACGGAACAGCAGAUACUCCUCCCGUCCAAUCCAGUGAGCCCUGUGGAGUUAAUAACCUGUGGACUUCAAAGCCUCCUCCACUUUUUCAUGAAGGAGCUCCUUACCCCCCUCCUUUGUUUAUCAGGGACACUUAUAACCAGUCAAUACCUCAACCUCCACCACGUAAAAUCAAGAGACUCAAAAAGAAAAUCUACAGGGAAGAACCCACUUCGAUAAUGAAUGCUAUUAAGCUAAGGCCUAGGCAGGUAUUAUGCGACAAAUGUAAAAAUGUUGUGGCAGAUAAGAAGGAGGUCAGGAAGACUGGGACUGACUCUUUUAAACUAGAAGAAGGAAAGCGGAGGAGGCAUGAAAGUGUAACUACUGUGAAUAAAAAACUUAAAACUGAUCACAAGGUAAAUGGAAAAAGUCAGACGCGGAAUUCAGUGGCCAAGGUCACAAAUCUCAGCCACGGCCGAGGAAAAGUGGUCAAAGUGGCUUCUCAAUCGCAUACCACGAAAGCCCAGCUGCACACGAAAAAAGUACUGCAGAGCAAAAAUAUGGAUCAUGCAAAGGCACGGGAAGUAUUAAAAAUGGCCAAAGAAAAGGCACAGAAAAAACAAAAGGAAGCCUCUUCCUCGAAAAAUGCCCACAGUAAAGUCCACUUUACACGGCGCCUUCAGAACACAAGCUCAGGGACUCUUCCACCAAGACUACGUAUAAAACCUCAAAGGUACCGCAAUGAGGAGAACGACUCUUCGCUCAAGAUCGGACUUGACAGUUUGCGAAGCAGCAAGAUGGGUAUCAAGCCCCAGACCCGCUACACUGCCACCCGUUCAGCAGGUGAGGAACCUUCAAAUGGCCCUCAAGAGGCCAGCAGCGAUAUUCAGAACACAAGUGUCUGUGUACCGCCUCCUGGCGAACAGGAUGAGCAGCAAGCACUGAGCAAGCGAGGCAGCAAAAGCAAUAUUACAGUUUACAUGACCCUAAAUCAAAAGAAAGCCGACUCUUCCAGUGCUUCAGUGUGUAGUAGUGCUAGUACAGAUGAUUUGAAAUCCAUCCACUCUGAGUGUAGCUCUACUGAAAACUUUGAUUUCCCCCCAGGCAGCAUGCAUGCACCUUCUUCAUCAUCUUCCUCCUCUUCAAAAGAAGAGAAAAAGUUGAGCAAUUCCUUGAAAAUAAAGGUGUAUUCCAAAAAUGUCUCUAAAUGCGUGACCCCUGAUGGCAGGACCAUAUGUGUUGGGGACAUCGUAUGGGCCAAGAUAUAUGGCUUCCCUUGGUGGCCUGCCCGUAUUCUCACCAUAACUGUCAGCCGAAAAGAUAAUGGCCUGAUGAUGCGGCAGGAGGCCCGCAUAUCAUGGUUUGGGUCCCCCACCACCUCCUUCCUUGCUUUGACACAGCUGUCCCCCUUUUUAGAAAACUUCCAGUCCCGAUUUAACAAGAAGAGAAAAGGUCUUUACCGCAAGGCCAUCACAGAGGCAGCCAAAGCUGCCAAGCAGCUCACUCCAGAAGUGCGGGCCCUUCUGACCCAAUUUGAAACGUGAUCCCUGCCACACACAUAAGCCAAUACACACUAGAAGCUGCGCGCUGAUUCUCACAACGGCAAGGUCCAGUGGAAUUUUUCUAUGGUACAUGUAAAGGAAAAAAAAAAAGACAUUGUUUUUGUGUCUGUUUGGAAAGUGUGAAGUAUAAAACAAAAAUGAGCUGUGAAAAAAGUAUAACUUAUACAGAUUAAUUCUAUUGUAAAUUUUAUUUAAAACAAACAAAAAAAAAAGAUAGCGCUAAGAAAAUAUUGCAAAACCGAACGCAUGAGUCUAAAAAUUUCGUUGAGAACCAUGUUCACCAAACUGACAUUUUCACAUUUCUUCAACUUCUUUUUUUUUUUUUUUUCUUCCAAAGAACAUUUUAUGACGUUUUAAUGAGUUGUGACUGCAAUUUGUUUCUUUCUAUUUAAUUUGUGAAGUUGUGAAUUUUUGUUGUGUGUGCAAUUUACCAGUGUUAGGUGCAGUUGAAAGCAACUGGACCAGGGAUAACCCGACACAAUGAAGAAUAUGGGACCAAGAUAUUUACGGCAAGGUCUUCGGACUACGUCAACCUGCACUGGAACUUUAAUACUUGUUGG